AUGAAAGUGGAAGUUUUUAGUGUAUAAACCAUUUCUGAAAAUGGAGCAUUGUGUUUGUUAUUGAUAAUUGAAUAGAAAAAUCACAAAUUAUAAAUCAUGUUAGAUUGUGGUUUGAAUUAAAGAUUGGAAUGCAAUCACAUUAAGCAUUAUAUGAAUAAAAUUUAGAAAUCUAAAUUAGUGCUACUAUCAUAACCAUCAAUUGAGUAUGCUGGAGGUCUCCCUUUAAUUUCUGAAUUCUAAAUAAAAACUUUAUCUACAAGCCCAAUAAUUGAAUUUGGAGUCAGAAACUUUGUAGAUCAAUUGAUACACUUAUAAUAAGCAUUUCUUAAAAAAGAAAUUAUGGAAGAAGAUUUUAAAUAAGAUUGGAAGAGAAUUUUAGAUGCUGCAGAUGAUGCAUAUCGUCAAAUUAAACCAUUAAAAUUUGGACAGAAUGAAACUAUGAUGUUUGAGAAUGGAUUGUUUUAAGUUACUGUUUGUCCUAUUAGAGCAGGUAAGGUUAUAGGUGCAUGUGCAUGGAAAAUUUAAGUGAACACAUUAAAUAUUAUCUACAUCACAGAUUAUAAUAUGAUAAAAGAAUUGCACAUCGAUUCUUUGAAUAUUGAACGAUUGUUAAUUAAAAAUUAAAAAUAAUCACUUCUUCAUAGAGAAAUUGUUGAUUUACUUAUUUUGGAGAAUUAUCCCAAGGAAAUAGUAUAACCAUAAAUCAAUUAAUUGAGUAUUCCUCCUUAAUUCUUUAUUAAGACUAAAAUGGAAGAAGAAUUAAGUUUAUAUCAUAAAAAGUAAUAAGGAUAAUUAAUAUUUGCAUUUUACCCUAAUGAGAGAAUUUUGGAGGGAAUUAAAUCUCUACAUUAAAUAUUUAAGGAAAAUGAGAAGUAUGUAGGAAUGAAAUGGGAUAUAAAUGUUUUAUAUCUUGAUUUAGUUGAUAAAGCAAGGACAUUUGGAGAAUUUUUAUGUUGGGAUAACAUUUAAUCGCUUAAUUAUGAUAAUUAAUCUAAAAUUAAAUCAUAAAUUAUACUAACAUCCUAUAAUAAUUUAUUUUCUGGUCCCUUCUUUCAAGAGAAUUUAUUAACUGAUCCAAACAAUACAAUUAUUAUUUUUGACAAGCCACCUUGUUUAAUUAAUGAAAAUAUGGGGAAAAUUAGGAAGAGUUUUGAAUUGAAUUUAUAAAUCAAGGAAUCCUAUUCAAUAAAUUUAAACUAUAUAAGAAAAUUAUUAUUAAAAACAAACGAGAAGGAAAAUAAAAUUAUAUCUAAUGCGCCGAGUACAACUUACUUGCCUGGAAGUACAACUGAUUUAGUGGAAACUCAGAGUGUGGAUAUUGGUAACUAAAAGACAGAUGAUCAAUUUUCAGUUGUUAGUGAUUAGAAACCAAACCUUGAACCCUUAUUUGAUAAAAAUAAUUAUAAGUCACAUAAUUAAUAGUAUUUUAUCGAUACUGAAAUUAAAGAAUAAAUAUAAUUUUCAACAGUUUAAUUGGACAAGCCACUUAGACCGAUAUAAUAACUUCACUUAAGAGAUGAUUAUGGUUCAGAUAUACCUAAACAUAUUAAGUUAAUGAAGAGCAAGAGAAGAUAAUAAAUAGAAACACAAACCUAAUAAAUGGAAGAAGAAUAAGAUGCUGAGAAUGAAAAAUAGAAGUUGCAAGAAUCAACAUUUGCUAUGCCUAAUAUGAACAAAGUUUAGAAUUAAAAAGUUUUGACAGUUUAAGCAACAGUAUCUGUUAAAUAACUACCUUAAAAUUUAAGAAAUGCUUAAAUGCUUCUAGAAUAUUUAAACCCUUAGAAUUUAUUAAUAUUAAAUCCAAGUACAAAACCUCGACAAGGUGGUGUGUAAUUAGCAGUAGCAAAAUAAAGCCAAGCAUAAUCACUUAUUUCUUUAAAUGAUGGAUAAAAUUUACCUUUUGUAGAAAUGUCUGAAAAAUAGAUUGAGAUUAGAUCAGCUAUAUAAGUAAAAGGGAAAUUGGAAUUAAAAAUCUUCAGAAAUACCCAAACUAUGAGUUAGAUUUUAAAGUUGGUGGCAACCUAAAAUAAAAAACCGAUUUGCCAUUAGAAUAUUUAGUUGUUGGCCUUGUAUGAAGAAUUAAAGAAGAGAGGGGAUUUAAAAUUGGAAUUAGGAUUUUGUCAGAUAAGUUUGAAUAAUGGCUAGGUUAUAGUAAGUAAAACAAAGUAAGGAUUCAAAGUGGAAGGAUAUUUCAGUAAUUUGUACAAGGAGGUUAGAAACCUGAUAAAGACAUUAAAUAUCUGA